UCCUCCUCUUCCUCCUCCUCCCCGGGCCGGGGCCGGGCUCGGAGGCUGCGGAUGAGGCGGGCGAGGGCGGUGCUGGCGUGCUGCCUGCUCCUGGGGCCGGCCUUCCCCCUCGUCCUGCUGCUGCUCUGACAUGAGCCGCGGCCGGGGGCCGGCCGGCCGGAGCCGGAGGGAGCCCCGCUCCGCAGCCCCAGGGCCUGACGCCCCCGGCGGGGGACGAUGAGGAGCCCGGGCGGGCUGAGAUGGGAGAGAGCAUGUCCAAGCGGCUGAAGCUGCAGCUGGGCGGCGAGGCGGAGAUGGAGGAGCGGGCUUUCGCCAACCCCUACGCCGACUACCAGCCGCAGGCGGCGGAGGGCGCCCCGCGGGACAAGGCGGCGCCGGGGGACGAGCCCCUGCCCUUCGGCACCGACGGCAAGGUCAGCGCUCAGUUCACAAAACGGAUCCAGACAAAAAUCAAGGACCUUCUGCAGCAAAUGGAGGAAGGGCUGAAGACAGCAGAUCCACAUGACUGCUCUGCCUAUACUGGCUGGACUGGCAUUGCCCUCCUAUAUCUCCAACUGUACCGUGUCACAAAAAACCAGAGCCAUUUGCAGCGAUCUCUUGAUUAUGUGAAGAGAAUCCUUCGCAAUCUGAAUGGCAGAAGAGUUACUUUUCUCUGUGGUGAUGCUGGGCCACUGGCAGUGGGUGCAGUGGUUUAUCACAAGCUGAAAAAUGACAGUGAAUCAAAAGAAUGUGUUGCCAGGCUGUUGCAGCUCCAAAGGACAGUCGUAAGUGCAGAUGCUGAGCUUCCAGAUGAGCUCCUUUAUGGCAGAGCGGGAUACCUGUAUGCCUUGCUGUACCUGAACACUGAAAUUGGUCCAGACACUGUCCCACAGUCUGUUAUCAAAGAGGUAAUAGAUGCCAUUAUCGAGUCGGGGAAGAACUUCUCGAAGGAGGAGCGAAAAGCAGAGCGUUGUCCUCUCUUGUAUCAGUGGCACAGGAAGCAAUAUGUUGGAGCGGCCCAUGGGGUGGCUGGGAUCUACUACAUGCUUAUGCAGCCAAUUGCGAACGUGGAUCAGGAGACACUGACAGAGCUGGUGAAGCCGAGCAUUGACUAUGUGCGUCAUAAAAAAUUCCGAUCUGGGAACUACCCGUCAUCACUGAGCAACGAGACCGACAGAUUGGUUCACUGGUGCCACGGUGCCCCUGGAGUCAUCCACAUGCUCAUGCAAGCUUAUAAGACUUUUAAAGAGGAUAAGUACUUGAAAGAUGCCAUGGAGUGUAGCGACGUCAUCUGGCAGAGAGGUUUACUGAGAAAAGGCUACGGGAUCUGCCAUGGUACUGCUGGCAAUGGCUACUCCUUCUUGUCUCUCUAUAACCUAACUCAGGACAAAAAGUACCUCUACCGAGCUUGCAAGUUUGCCGAAUGGUGUUUGGAAUAUGGUGCACAUGGAUGUCGUAUUCCUGACAGACCUUAUUCUCUCUUUGAAGGAAUGGCUGGAGCUAUUCACUUCCUCUCAGAUAUUGCAGUACCGGAGACUUCCAGGUUUCCAGCGUUUGAACUUGGUCCUCAAAGAAGGGAAAACAAAGUGGAACAGGACAGCUAAAAGAUUCUGUUAAAAGUAAACUGAUGCCAAAAGAGACAAGACUGUUUAGUGCCUCUGAUACAGAACCAACUCGACCCUAGCUGACGGAUGGAUAAACCCCGUUUCUCACUUCCCCUGCCCCAAGGGACCGUGAAAUCAUUAGCGCAUGAAUGAGAGAAGCCACAUCUAAGUUCUGUUAGUGACACCUUCACAUGUAGGACAAGAGAAGUCAAAUUUUGAACUUUCUCUCUUUUGUUGUAUUUGUCUUCUCCGGGUCUUUGACAUGCUCUGCAUGUUUAUUGGUGUUGUCUGUUGAUUCGAGUCUUUUGUUGUUAGCAGAGAGCUGUUCUUUGUGUGAAGCUCUGUCCUGUACCUUCAUGCAUGACCCAUCACACCAACGUCGCUGACCCCUAACAGCAGUGUUGCUUUCUGCACUGUGGCUAGCGAGAGAGCUCCACUUCACACCAGAGAGUUCACUGUAAGACAGAGUCCAGCUUCACUGGUGAGCUGG